AUGCAGUUGUUCAAGUCAAAGGCCAAGCCUUCGCAGCCACAAGGCGUGAAUCAGGCCAUGGAAGCGGGUAAUGUUGAAAAGGGCCUUUCGCCUGUCCAGAAUGAAAACGCCGUCGACCAGCACGUUAUCGACGCCGAGUUGGAGCGACGCGUUGUCCGAAAAACGGACAGGAACCUCGUUCCGUUGGUGAUGGCUCUUUAUCUCCUCGCAUUUCUUGAUCGGUCAAAUGUUGGAAAUGCCCGCAUUGCCGGCAUGAGCCAGGAUCUCAAUCUAGUCGGGGAUCGUUACGACUGGCUGCUCACAAUAUUUUAUAUUCCAUACAUUAUCUUCGAGUUCCUUGGUAUCAUGUGGAAAAUCGUGCCACCACACAUAUGGGCUACUGUUGUUGUUUUCAUAUGGGGUCUCGUAGCAACCCUUCAAGCAGUUACCCAGUCUUGGGGAGGUGAGAUGGCUCUACGAUUUCUGAUGGGAGCUGCGGAGGCUGGUUAUGGGCCUGGAAUACCAUUCUUGCUUUCCUUCUUCUAUCUACGUCACGAAGUUGGCUUUCGCUGCGGAGUAUUUCUCUCUGCCGCUCCUCUUGCCAACACGUUUGCGGGAGCUCUGGCGUAUGGAAUCACCUCAGGACAUCCUUCAAUCGCAAAAUGGAGAGUUCUGUUCUUAGUUGAAGGCCUACCAACCAUCGUUAUGGCGGCUGUCGCGUACUUUUAUCUUCCCGACUCUCCUGAGAAAGCCAAGUUUUUAGACGAAGACGAAAAGAGAGUUGCUAUGGCACGAAGUGUCCGACAAGCCGGCUCUGCAGAAAGAAUAGGCAGCAUUGAUUGGAUGGACUUCUUGAGAGGACUGAUCGACGUGAAGGCUUGGUUUACAGGUCUCAUGUAUUUCAGCUGCAAUGUCAGCUUUGCCUCUCUUCCCGUCUUUCUGCCCACGAUUCUCUCGGAAAUGGGAUUUUCUGCCGUAGAUGCUCAAGGGUUGACGGCGCCUCCUUUCUUCCUCUCCUUUCUCGUUACUCUUGUUACGCCGUGGAUUGCCGAUAGAACUCAGCAGCGUGGUAUCAUGCUGAUUUUCCUCACAAUAAUUGGCGGUGUUGGAUACGUUAUCCUAGCAACUACAAAAUCUGUUGGAGCACGCUACUUUGGUGUAUUCAUGGCUGCUGGGGGCAUCUUUCCCUCCAUCGCCAAUAUUCUGCCAUGGGUGCUGAAUAACCAAGGAAGCGAUACGCGUCGAGGGGCAGGCAUAGUUCUCCUCAAUGUCAUCGGCCAAUGUGGCCCAUUGCUAGGCACGCGACUUUACCCAACCAAUGAAGGGCCUUUCUACGUAAAGGGACAAUCUGUCUGUGCCGCGUUCAUGUUCUUUACCACAUUGCUGGUAAUUGGCUUGCGAAUUCUCCUUGUCCGAGAGAACAAGAAGCUUGACCAGAAAUAUGGCACAAUAGAGGAACAGAAGGCGAGGCUUGCCGAAGCACGAGAAAGAGGCGAAUCAACUGUUCAAGAUCAAGCCGUGGAAAAUUACGGACCGAUGUUUAGAUACGUACUCUAG